AUGGCCACAGGGGGGACAACCAGCCCCCCCGGCGUCCCUCGUCACGCCAACCGCCUGAUUAACGAGAAGUCCCCCUACCUCCUGCAGCACGCCCACAACCCCGUGGAUUGGUACCCUUGGGGUCAGGAAGCCUUUGAUAAAGCAAAGAAAGAAAACAAGCUGAUAUUCCUGUCAGUUGGCUACUCCACCUGCCACUGGUGCCAUGUGAUGGAGGAGGAGUCCUUCAAGAACAAGGAGAUCGGAGACAUUAUGAACAAGAACUUUGUGUGCAUCAAAGUGGAUCGUGAGGAGCGGCCAGAUGUGGACAAAGUGUACAUGACCUUCGUGCAGGCAACCAGUGGUGGAGGUGGUUGGCCAAUGAGCGUCUGGCUGACUCCAGACCUAAAGCCCUUUGCAGGGGGAACAUACUUCCCUCCUGAAGAUGGAGUUCAUCGUGUUGGUUUUCGGACUGUGCUGCUCCGAAUCGCAGAGAAGUGGAAGGAGAACAAAGAUGCCCUGUUGGAGAGCAGCCAGAAAAUCCUGGAAACAUUGCUACACCUGUCUGAGAUCCGUGUUCAGGGCCAGGAGUCACCCCCACCAUCCAAAGAAGUGAUGGCCACCUGUUUCCAGCAGCUCUCCAACUCCUAUGAUGAGGACUACGGUGGCUUUUCCAAAUCCCCCAAGUUCCCCACCCCAGUGAAUUUGAAUUUCCUCUUCACGUACUGGGCCCUGCACCGAACAACUCCAGAGGGUGCCCAGGCACUGCAGAUGGCUUUGCAUACCCUCAAGAUGAUGGCCCACGGGGGCAUCCAUGACCACAUCGGUCAGGGGUUUCACCGCUAUUCCACCGACCAGCACUGGCACGUCCCUCACUUCGAGAAGAUGCUGUAUGACCAGGGGCAGCUGGCAGCUACGUAUAGCAGAGCAUUUCAGAUCUCUGGCGAUGAAUUCUUUGCCGAUAUCGCCCAAGACAUUCUGCUGUACGUCUCACGGGACCUGAGUGACCAGGCAGGAGGUUUCUACAGCGCAGAAGAUGCGGAUUCCUACCCAACCGCCACAUCUGGAGAGAAGCAAGAAGGAGCUUUCUGUGUGUGGGCAGCCGAGGAAAUCCGGGCUCUCCUUCCUGACCCUGUCGAGGGAGCCACAGAGGGGACAACGCUGGGAGAUGUCUUCAUGUACCACUAUGGAGUGAAGGAGAAUGGCAACGUGAGCCCCAUGCAGGACCCCCAUCAGGAGCUGAAGGGCAAGAACGUCCUUAUUGUCCGGUGCUCCCUGGAGCUGACGGCGGCCCGGUUCGGGCUGGAGUGUCCUGCAGCAGGGCUGAUGAUCUCGGGCUUUGCCCAGGCUGGGGCGGCCCUGGCUGAGCAGGAGUACGUGAGCCGGGCUGCGCAGGCGGCUGCCUUCCUACGGAGGCACCUUUUUGACCCCGCCAGUGGGAGGUUGCUGCGGAGCUGCUACCGGGGCAAAGACAACACGGUGGAGCAGAGUGCUGUGCCCAUCCAAGGCUUCCUGGAGGAUUACGUCUUCGUCAUCCAGGCUCUCUUUGACCUGUACGAAGCCUCACUGGAGCAGGGCUGGCUGGAGUGGGCCCUUCAGCUCCAGCACAUGCAAGACAAGCUCUUCUGGGACCCCAAAGGCUUUGCGUAUUUCUCCAGCGAGGCCGGCGAUCCCUCUCUGCUCCUGCGCUUGAAGAAUGACCAAGACGGAGCAGAGCCCACCGCCAACUCUGUCACUGUCACAAACCUGCUCCGAGCAGCUUGUUACUCCGGCCAUAUGGAGUGGGUGGAAAAAGCUGGGCAGAUCUUGGCCGCUUUCUCAGAGAGGCUGCAGAAGAUCCCGAUUACCCUGCCAGAGAUGGCCCGUGCCACCGCUGUCUUCCAUCACACCCUCAAACAGGUCGUGAUCUGUGGGGACCCCCAAGGAGAAGACACCAAAGAGAUGCUGCGCUGCGUCCGCUCCAUCUUCAGCCCAAACAAGGUGCUGAUGCUGGCAGAUGGAGACAGCGCUGGGUUCCUCUACCGCCAGUUGCCUUUCCUUGCCUCCCUGGAGAGGAAGGAUGGAAAAGCCACCGCCUACCUCUGCAGCAACUUCGCCUGCUCCCUGCCCGUCACCUCGCCCCAGGAGCUGCGUGGGAUGCUUUGCCCGUGA